AUGGUAGUGAUCGCUGUAUCCAUCAUUACGAGGCAAGGAAAACCCUUGCUUUCCAGGCAGUUUAGGGAUAUCAGCAAGGACCGUGUAACAGAGCUCCUUUCCAACUUUCAGGGACUGGUGAGCAGUACUUCUUCACAACACACGUUUGUAGAAGAUGAACAUGUCCGCUACGUUUACAAACCGUUCGACGAUUACUACAUUAUAUUGAUUACGAAUCGACAGUCUAACAUCAUCCAGGACUUGGACACGUUGAAGCUGUUUGCACAGAGCAUGAAUUCGUAUCUAAGCAGUUUUGAUGAGCAGGAAAUCUUCGAAAAUGCAUUCGAGAUUCUGGGAUCGUUUGACGAAGUCAUAACUAUGGGACACAAAGAAAACCUGUCUUUGACGCAGAUAAACACAUAUUUGUCUAUGGAAUCGCACGAGGAGAAAAUCCAAGAAAUUAUUGAGCGGAACAAAGAGUUCGAAGCAGCAGAAGAGAGAAAGCGUAGAGCCAAGGAGAUAUCCAGAAGGGAACACGAACGGAAAAUGGGUAUACCUUCCACCAAUGGCUUGGACGCCAUGCGUUUCCAGACGUCUAAUGACCCCAAUCUAUCCAACGCAUACAGCAGUUAUUACAGCCAGGCAUCAGCUGCUGCUCAACAGUCGUAUUAUCAGACAAAGCAGAAAAACGCGACUCCCGCAGAUGUUCCCGUCAAUGUGCAGUCGGACGUCCCGGUAGGCGGUGGAAGAGGGCUCAAGCUUGGCGGUGGCAGAAGAAGUGGUCUGAGCGCUUCGGCCUCCCAGUUACAGAAGCCCGCUAGACAAAGCACAUCCGCAACCUCUUCCUUGCAAGUCGAAGAACCCGAGAAGCCUGCUAACAAUGGAAUUUUGAUCUCUGUUAAGGAAGUAAUCAGCGCACAAAUUUCUCGCGAGGGCAAUGUCGAAAGUUCAGAACUUAAGGGUAGCUUGGAGCUGCGUGUGAACGACCAGGAAUUAGCGCAUGCGAGAAUCAGCUUACCUGCACAGAUUGAUGCCAAGGAUAAGUCCUUCCAAUUCAAGACGCAUCCAAAUAUUGAUAAGAACCUAUUUUUGAACUCCGGCGUAAUUGGACUGCGGGAUCAAAAGAAGGCAUUCCCUUUCAACGACCAAAGUUUGGCUGUUCUCAGAUGGCGUAAGGUCGGAGCCGCAGAUGACGCCGCUCUGGCACCACUGCGCAUCUCGACGUGGGUGUCCCCAUCUGCGACGGACCAAGGCCUGUACGACGUAACAUUCGAACUCGAAACAGCACAAGAUUACGAGGAAGACCUUGACGAUGUUCGUGUAGCGAUUCCGAUUUACACGGAGAAUGUCCGUAUUAACGAAGAUUUCAACGAUAUGAAUGCUGCCAUAGGAAGCAUUGACGAUGAAAACGGAAUUAUAAUCAAGAUCGACACUAUAAAGGCAGGAACUACAGGCGCUGUAUCUUUAACACUUGAAGCCGAGUAUGAGGACGCUUUCUUCCCUGUUUCCGUCGCUUUCAGUAAUUACAGAGCCCACAAAUCAUUUACAGGAAUGGGUGUCGGCCAAGUAAUCAGCUCUCAAGAAGAAGACGGCGCUCAACUUCCAUUUGACAUCACUGCGAGCCUGAAAUCUGAAGAAUAUUCGGUGGUCUGA